GGUUGUCACGGACGCUCUCCGUGUUGGAAAUAACGGAAUACCAUGUACAUUGCUUCAGUAUUUACCUACUACUGAUGUGGUUUCUAUUGAUAAAUCCUGAACACUUAUUAACAGCACCCUUACAGAGUGCAGGGUGGUCAUGGAGUGGCCGGGGGACUUUCCACACGACCAUGCCUUCAUGGAGCUGCUGGUCCCUGGGGUGCCAAGCGAGAUCGACUACCAGCAGCUUCUCCAAGACACAGAGGAAAAGCUCCAUCUCAAUGCCUGCAGUAUUGAGCAGAGCCUGAAGGAGCUGCAGGCCAAGAUGGGAGGCGGCCUGACCGGGGAGCUGCCUGCGAGCCCCACAGAGAUCCUGCAGUGGCUCAGUCCCCAGAGCAUCAGUGGCACCCGGCCGGUGGCCACAGGACAUCAGGACAUCAUGGACUUCCUCAAGGCUUUGCACCAGUACCUGGGCUCAGACGAGGAGGGCAGAGAGGAGACGGUGCUACUGCUGCUGGUGAACCUGUCCUCCCAGUGCGGCAUCUCCUUCUCCAGCCCCCCCUCCUCCUCCUCCUCCUCCUCCGGCUCCCUGUCAGGGCAGCCGGCCACCUCCUCAUUCCCGGUGGUCAACGCGCUGAGAGACGACUGCUCCCUGGAGGUCCAGGAGGCCUGGGACGACGUGCGGCGCCCGCUGCGGCGCCACCUGCUGGCCCGGCUGUCCUCCUGCGCUCCAGAGGAUCAGGGACCCAGGCGGCUGUUUACCUUGUCCCUCGCCGAACGGGUCCACUGCCUCCAGCAGCUUUGUUUCCUCUUUCCCGAGGCUGAAGUGCUUUCACACUACCAGGCGGUGAGGAGCCAGUGGGUUCUGUCGUUCCUGCACGCCGCCCUCGGCUCGUGUCCCGCCGGCGAGACGGGCUUCGACAGAGUCUCGUCCGCCCUCCACGCGGCUCGGCCGGCCCUGGUCACGGCGGUGAGCGAGGAGCUGCAGGUGCUUGGCGGGGUCACGGAGACCCUCCACGCCGUCCUGGCCUUUGUGGCCGCCGCCUACCUGUCGCCCCUGGCCCGGGAGCUGGCGUCCGUGAUGGAGCGGGAGGCGGAGACGGCGGUGAAGGAGAACACCACGCUCAGCGGCCGGAUCCUGCGCUACUCGGCCAAGUCCAAGGCGACCGUCGGUGGGUGA